UCAUGGGAGCAAAACUUUUACUGGUUUGUUUUGUGAUAUUUCUGUUUUGGGAUGGCGGCCAGGCUCAAUCUGCAGGACAAGAGUUUGCCACUGCGUUCAUGCAAAACUAUGUAUCCCCUUUUGACCUGCCACUAUUUCAGCUUUAUAUCACCUCUCUGAAUUCUAAUUGCCUGGUGAAAGUCAGCGUGCCCAGUCUCACUUUUACCCAGGCGGUGCAACUGACUGCAGGUCAGAGCUUCACUGUGACCCUCCCCAAAACAAUUGAGCUGUCUGGCACCAGGAGGUCCCGCAAAACUGUUUUUAUUCAGGCAUCUGCUGACAUAACGGUUUCCUCACUAAACUCAAAACAAUUCACGGCGGAUACGUCUCUGGUCUACCCCAUGAGUGAAUGGGGUACUGAAUAUUUUGUGUUCACUCCCACCAACUCCCCUCCAUCCAUGCUGAAGGAGUUUGUGCUUGUCAAUGGUAAAGAGCAGAACACGGUGGAAGUGUUCCUUCGAGCGGCGGUCCGGUUUGAAGGCCGCUUGUACGGUGUUGGCAGUAAACUACUUGUGGUGCUGGAUCCUUUUGAAAAUGCACAAAUUCAAAGCCAAGGGGACCUAACAGGAACCCGCAUUUCUUCACAACUUCCCGUCGCCGUGUACUCUGGCCACAUGUGCACGUGGCGCUUUUCUAAGUGCAAUCAUGUUUAUGAGCAACUCCUGCCGGUGCAAAGCUGGGGAACUCACUUCCUGGUGGCACCGCUUAGCAUCCAGAGCCAGUUCGACAGCAUCUAUAUCCAAGCAUCACAGUCAGCAAAUAUAACUGUUCAAUUUGGCCAUACUACAUUAACUGCCGUUCUUCAGCGUGGGCGAAUUGUAGAGUACAAAAUCCAGUUUCCAAAUGGCCUUAACAUCAUUGCUGACAAUGGAAUCCAGGUGUUUUUUCUGUUUAAUGGUGUGAGAACAUCCCGUGGUGUCAUAUAUGACCCGUUUCUUAUGAAUCUUCUGCCCAACAACCGUUUUUGCUCUUCGUACGCACUUGACGGUAUAGCUGGCUUUGACAACCGAGCCCUUCUGAUUGUUCCUACCAAUGAAAAAGCAGGGAUUCAUUUUGAUAGCUCGCCUUUACCUGGCAACCUUCAGUGGAGGGUCAUUGAAAACAGUGAGUACUCCUGGACUGAGUUGGUUUACCAACCUGGGGCAGCUGGGCACAAAUUAACCCAUUCAAAUGCUUCUUAUGGGGUCUAUAGUGUGGGAUUACAGCAAGGGAAUGGUUACGGAGCCCCAGCUGCAUGCAUUAAUCCAGAUUUGCCACCACCUCGCUCUUGCUUCAGCAUCAUCUGUAGUGAGGAUGAGGAGUGCCAGAUGAAUGGUUUCUUCCCUAUCUGUGUGAAGAAACCACUUGGAAUCUGUUGGGCAAUGGGUGACCCUCACUACUGCACAUUUGACCAGCGUUACUUUGACUUCAUGGGCACUUGCACUUAUGUCGUCACCAGGAACUGCCAUGAAAAUAACAGUCUUCCUGCUUUUGAGGUCCUGGCUAAAAAUGAAAACCGUGGCGACAUUAGUGUCUCGUAUGUGGCACGUGUAACUGUGAAUAUUGGGGAUAUCACCAUCAGCGUUGGAAGUUCUGAGCCCGGGAAAGUCAGGAUUGACCAGAGUUUGUGGAGCCUUCCUGUGGUUCUUGAUGAUGUUGGAGUGUCCAUGUUCCAGUCUGGCAGCUUUAUUACCAUCCUUUUUAAUUUUGGGCUGAGUGUGCAGUAUGACUGGGACCACUUUCUCAUGGUCUCCCUGCCCACUCCCUUCAUUAACAAAGUCUGUGGGCUCUGUGGCAACUUCAAUGGUGAUCCUAAUGAUGAUUUCACUAUGCCUUCAAACACCCUGGCUCCCAGUGUGACAACGUUUGGACAGAGUUGGAAAGUUCACAACUUAACACUGGAUGAGGGCUGUAGAGAUGACAAAGGGGGCCCUGGAUGUGAUGCUCAAGCACUUCGACAGUGGCUGGGUGAAAAAUACUGUGGACUCUUAAUGAUGGCACCAUUCAGUCAGUGUCAUUCUGUUAUUGACCCAAGUAUUUACACCCAGAACUGCAUGUAUGAUGUCUGUAUGACAGAUGGCCAGAGAAACUACUUAUGUAAGGUGUUAGAGGUCUAUGCAAGUGUAUGUCAACGUGUUGGGAUACAGCUAACCAACUGGAGAGAAGUAGCCAAUUGUUCUUACAGAUGCCCAGAGAACAGCCAUUAUGAAUUUUGUGGUAGCGCUUGCCCUUUGACCUGCAUGGGCCUCAAGUCUCCUUUGAACUGCACUUUACCCUGUGUCGAAACAUGCACUUGUGAUCCUGGAUUUGUUCUGAGUGGAUCCAAAUGUGUACCUUCAACUCAGUGUGGCUGUUCCUACAAUGGACACUACAUUCCCGCUGGUGAGACUUUUUGGGCGGAUGAUGCUUGUCAGCGGCUUUGUCGUUGCUCCACGGAGGGUGGACAUCUAGAAUGCCAGGAUGGAGGCUGUGGGACAGGACAGCACUGCCAGGUGGAGAAUGGCAUUAGGGGCUGUUAUCCUGUCUCCCAAAGCACCUGUUUGGCACUGGGCGACCCACACUACUAUACCUUUGAUGGGAAUUAUUUUGACUUCCAGGGUAACUGUGUGUAUCAGUUGGUUGGGGUUUGCAUCUCAUAUCCUGGACUGGUGCCCUUUGAUGUUCUGGUGCAAAAUGAAUUUCGGGGAAGCAGAGUGGUGACAUUCACUAAAUUACUGCAGAUCAUAGUGUAUAAUCUAACCAUUGUUAUCGAUAGAGAAUACAGCGGCUCUGUUACCGUCAAUGGUGAGCUGUUGAACCUUCCUCUCCAUCUUAUUGAAGGUCAGGUUUCUGUUUUCAGAAGUGGCUGGUCUGCUGUCGUUCAAACCUCUUUUGGUCUCAAAGUCACAUUUGAUUGGAACAGCUUUGCCACCGUCACCGUCCCCAGCACCUACAUGGGUGCGAUCUGUGGCCUCUGUGGGAACUACAAUGGAAAUCCAGAAGAUGAUCUGACUGUCAGAGAAACAGCAUUACCUGCUUCAGGGCCGAUGGAGUUCGGUGCCAGCUGGAGUGUAGCCAAGAUCCCAGACUGUGUGCAUGGCUGCACAGAGAAUUGUCAGGAUUGCGACCCGACCAGAAGGAGUGUCUAUGAGACAUCUGAUUUCUGUGGGCUGCUGCGUGACCCACAGGGGCCUUUCAAGGACUGUCAAACUGUGCUAGACUCUACUCCAUUUUUUGAGGAUUGCGUUUAUGAUGUCUGUUUGUAUAACGGAAGGAGAGAUCUACUAUGCCAGGCCAUAACAGCAUAUGUAACUGCCUGUCAGGCAAUGGGAAGGACCAUCAAUCCCUGGAGAACUGCUGAAUUCUGUGGUGUUCAGUGUCCAGUCCACAGCCACUAUGAGCUCUGUGGCUCUGGUUGUGAAGUCACCUGUCAUAGUUUGGCUCCUCCCGCUGGCUGUCGUGGCCCCUGUAUGGAGGGCUGUGUGUGUGAUAAGGGCUACAUCAGGAGUGGGGACCGCUGCGUCCCCUUCUCUCAGUGUGGGUGUCUCUAUGGCAACCGCUACUACUUGCUUUACCAACAGUUCUAUCCUGGCAAUAACUGUGAGGAGGUGUGCAUGUGUUUACCGGAUGGCCAGGUGUUCUGUAAUAGGUCAUCUUGUGGCCCCUAUGAGAGGUGUGAGUUGGUGGACGGCGUUCACAGAUGCCAGCCAAUCAGACAGGCCAUUUGUGAAGCUUCUGGAGACCCACACUAUGUGUCCUUUGAUGGGCUGCGCUUUGAUUUCCAGGGAACCUGUACCUACAUUCUUUCCCAAUCCUGUGGCCUGGAACGGACCAACCUGACCCAUUUCUCCAUCCUGGUGGAGAAUGAGAGAUGGUGGCCCAACAGAUAUCACAGAGUGUCUGUUACCCAGCAAGUGGCCUUAACAGUCUACGGCAGCACCAUCAUCUUAAGACAAAAUGAGCCACAGAUCUUGGUCAAUGGGGUUUUGACUAACCUCCCUUAUAGUUCAGGCAGUUUAAAUGGUUCCUUGGUCCAGGCCUAUAAGGAAGGUAUUUACUAUAUCAUCAAGACCGGCUUUGGCCUCCAUGUGACCUAUGACCUGUUGUACUACGUCACUGUUACCAUUCCUGACAACUACCGCAACAAGACCUGCGGACUCUGCGGCAACUUUGAUGGCGUCCCUUCAAAUGACUUCCGCCUCCCAGAUGGAAAUAUUACACAUGAUGUAAAUGUAUUUGGGGGAGCCUGGAAAGUCGAUGUCCCUGGAGCCGUGUGUGAGGACGGAUGUGAAGGCGACACAUGUCUGGACUGUGAUCCUCGACUGAAAGCCAUCUUUGAGAAGCCUCCCUACUGCGGAGUUCUAGUUGAUCCCAGCGGGCCGUUUGCGGCCUGUCACGCUGUGCUGAACCCCUCAGCUUAUCUCAACGACUGUGUCUUUGAUACCUGUGCAUCCUCCGGCAGCAUCAGGGUGGUUUGCGAUAGUGUGGCGAGAUAUGCUUUCAGUUGUCUCAGAGCCGGAGUCGUUAUCCAAAGAUGGAGGACAGACAAUUUCUGCCCAAUGUCGUGUCCAGCUCACAGUCACUAUGAACCGUGCACAGACGUCUGCUCUUCUGCCUGCCCUGGUCUGACUACGAUAAUCCAGUGUCCUAAAACCUGCACAGAGGGUUGUGCUUGUGACGACGGUUAUCUGUUUGAUGGCCAGCAGUGCACUGAACGCCAGCAAUGUGGCUGCUAUCAGCAGGGACGCACGUAUAAGGCUGGGGAGGUGGUUUACCUGGACCAGUGUCAGCAGAAGUGUCAAUGUGAUCCAGUGAAAGGAUUUACAUGUGAAAGAGCAAACUGUCCUAACGGCACACAGUGUUUCCUUCGAGCGGGAAUGUGGGGCUGCUUUUACCCAGAUCCAUGUCAAGACCUCCACUGUCGAGAGAAAGAGACAUGCCGCUUUGAACGUGGCAACGCUGUGUGUGUGCCCCAGUACAACAGCACAUGCUGGGCAUGGGGUGAUCCGCACUACCACACCUUUGAUGGCUAUGAGUAUGACUUCCAAGGCACCUGUAAAUACGUCUUGUCUAAGACCUGUGGGAACCUGAGUGGACUGGUGCCCUUUUCAGUAACCCAGAGCAAUGAAAACCGUGGAAGCCCUGAUGUGUCUUAUGUGCGAGAAGUGGAAGUUACUGUAUAUGGCAGCACUUUUAUCAUGGUGAACCACCAUACAGGACAGAUCAUGGUGGAUGGUUUGUGGUUCUAUCUUCCUCUUGAUCAUCAUGAUGGCCGUGUGAGGGUGAGACAGAGUGGCAAUGCUGCUCUGUUGGAAACCAACUUUGGUCUGCGUGUCUCUUUCAUCUGGGGCUGGAGGGUUGAUCUGCAGCUGCCCAGUAGUUACUAUGGAGUUGUGUGUGGCCUGUGUGGAAAUUUCAACGGUAAUGGUGGAGAUGAGCGAAGAGACCCUGCUGGAAUCCUUCUGCCAAGUCUGUACCAGUGGGCAAAGAGCUGGAGAGCAGAAGACAGUGUCACAUCUGCGUGUCAUGUUGGCUGUGAGACCGACUGCCCUGUUUGCCCUCCUGACCUACAUGCCCUCUAUGAAACAGACACCUUCUGUGGUGUCCUGACAUCUACAGGCCAGAGUGUCUUUAGUGCAUGUCAUGCUAAAGUGAAUCCACAGGCGUUCCAGCAAAGCUGUGUGUAUGAUCUGUGCUUCAAUAACGGAGACCGAAGACUUCUCUGUCAGGCUCUGGAGACUUAUGUCGAUCUGUGUCGUCAAGAGGGUGUCAUUAUUAAAGAUUGGAGAGGGAGAUUAAAUUGCUCUAUGAGCUGCCCACCCAACAGUCAUUAUGAGGCAUGUGCAUCUCCGUGUCCAGCAACGUGUCCGUACCCAAAUCAGCAGCCAAAUUGCACUGAUACCUGUGUAGAAGCCUGUGUGUGUGACAGUGGAUUUGUCCUCAGUGCUGGCACUUGUGUGCCCACCAAUCAGUGUGGCUGCUUCUAUGAAGGCGCAUACUACCAACAAGGCCAAACUUUCUGGGCUGAUGAGCAGUGUCAUCGGCUUUGCGAGUGUGACCGUAACUUAAGUGCUGUGGUGUGUCGUGAAUCUUCCUGUGCUGUCGGUGAGAGCUGCUCGAUUGUUAAUGGAAGUCGGAGCUGUCAGCCAGUGUUAUGUAAUAGGUCAUCUUGUGGCCCCUAUGAGAGGUGUGAGUUGGUGGACGGCGUUCACAGAUGCCAGCCAAUCAGACAAGCCAUUUGUGAAGCUUCUGGAGACCCACACUAUGUGUCCUUUGAUGGGCUGCGCUUUGAUUUCCAGGGAACCUGUACCUACAUUCUCUCCCAAUCCUGUGGCCUGGAACGGACCAACCUGACCCAUUUCUCCAUCCUGGUGGAGAAUGAGAGAUGGUGGCCCAACAGAUAUCACAGAGUGUCUGUUACCCAGCAAGUGGCCUUAACAGUCUACGGCAGCACCAUCAUCUUAAGACAAAAUGAGCCACAGAUCUUGGUCAAUGGGGUUUUGACUAACCUCCCUUAUAGUUCAAGCAGUUUAAAUGGCUCCUUGGUCCAGGCCUAUAAGGAAGGUAUUUACUACAUCAUCAAGACCGGCUUUGGUCUCUAUGUGACCUAUGACCUGUUGUACUACGUCACUGUUACCAUUCCUGACAACUACCGCAACAAGACCUGCGGACUCUGCGGCAACUUUGACGGUGUCCCUUCAAAUGACUUCCGUCUCCCAGAUGGAAAUAUUACACAGGAUGUAAAUGUAUUUGGGAGAGCCUGGAAAGUCGAUGUCCCUGGAGCCGUGUGUGAGGACGGAUGUGAAGGCGACACAUGUCUAGACUGUGAUCCUCGACUGAAAGCCAUCUUUGAGAAGCCUCCCUACUGCGGAGUUCUAGUUGAUCCCAGCGGGCCGUUUGCGGCCUGUCACGCUGUCCUGAACCCCUCAGCUUAUCUCAACGACUGUGUCUUUGAUACCUGUGCAUCCUCCGGCAGCAUCAGUGUGGUUUGCGAUAGUGUGGCGAGAUAUGCUUUCAGUUGUCUCAGAGCCGGAGUCGUUAUCCAAAGAUGGAGGACAGACAAUUUCUGCCCAAUGUCGUGUCCAGCUCACAGUCACUAUGAACCGUGCACAGACGUCUGCUCUUCUGCCUGCCCUGGUCUGACUACGAUAAUCCAGUGUCCUAAAACCUGCACAGAGGGUUGUGCUUGUGACGACGGUUAUCUGUUUGAUGGCCAGCAGUGCACUGAACACCAGCAAUGUGGCUGCUAUCAGCAGGGACGCACGUAUAAGGCUGGGGAGGUGGUUUACCUGGACCAGUGUCAGCAGAAGUGUCAAUGUGAUCCAGUGAAAGGAUUUACAUGUGAAAGAGCAAACUGUCCUAACGGCACACAGUGUUUCCUUCGAGCGGGAAUGUGGGGCUGCUUUUACCCAGAUCCAUGUCAAGACCUCCACUGUCGAGAGAAAGAGACAUGCCGCUUUGAACGUGGCAAUGCUGUGUGUGUGCCCCAAUACAACAGCACAUGCUGGGCGUGGGGUGAUCCGCACUACCACACCUUUGAUGGCUAUGAGUAUGACUUCCAAGGCACCUGUAAAUACGUCUUGUCUAAGACCUGUGGGAACCUGAGUGGACUGGUGCCCUUCUCAGUAACCCAGAGCAAUGAAAACCGUGGAAACCCUGAUGUGUCUUAUGUGCGAGAAGUGGAAGUUACUGUAUAUGGCAGCACUUUUACCAUGGUGAACCACCAUACAGGACAGAUCAUGGUGGAUGGUUUGUGGUUCUAUCUUCCUCAUGAUCAUCAUGAUGGCCGUGUGAGGGUGAGACAGAGUGGCAAUGCUGCUCUGUUGGAAACCAACUUUGGUCUGCGUGUCUCUUUCAUCUGGGGCUGGAGGAUUGAUCUGCAUCUGCCCAGUAGUUACUAUGGAGUUGUGUGUGGCCUGUGUGGAAAUUUCAACGGUAAUGGUGGAGAUGAGCGGAGAGACCCUGCUGGAAUCCUUCUGCCAAGUCUGUACCAGUGGGCAAAGAGCUGGAGAGCAGAAGACAGUGUCACAUCUGCGUGUCAUGUUGGCUGUGAGACCGACUGCCCUGUUUGCCCUCCUGACCUACAUGCCCUCUAUGAAACAGACACCUUCUGUGGUGUCCUGACAUCUACAGGCCAGAGUGUCUUUAGUGCAUGUCAUGCUAAAGUGAACCCACAGGCGUUCCAGCAAAGCUGUGUGUAUGAUCUGUGCUUCAAUAACGGAGACCGAAGACUUCUCUGUCAGGCUCUGGAGACUUAUGUCGAUCUGUGUCGUCAAGAGGGUGUCAUUAUUAAAGAUUGGAGAGGGAGAUUAAAUUGCUCUAUGAGCUGCCCACCCAACAGUCAUUAUGAGGCCUGUGCAUCUCCAUGUCCAGCAACGUGUCCGUACCCAAAUCAGCAGCCAAAUUGCACUGAUACCUGUGUAGAAGCCUGUGUGUGUGACAGUGGAUUUGUCCUCAGUGCUGGCACUUGUGUGCCCACCAAUCAGUGUGGCUGCUUCUAUGAAGGCGCAUACUACCAACAAGGCCAAACUUUCUGGGCUGAUGAGCAGUGUCAUCGGCUUUGCGAGUGUGACCGUAACUUAAGUGCUGUGGUGUGUCGUGAAUCUUCCUGUGCUGUCGGUGAGAGCUGCUCGAUUGUUAAUGGAAGUCGCAGAUGUCAGCCAGUGAGUCGCUCCGCAAUAUGCACAGGCUCAGUAGACCCACAUUACCGCACAUUCGACGGAUUCCAUUUUGACUUCCAGGGCACGUGUGUGUAUCAGUUGGCAGCCCUGUGCCUUCAUAAUGCGAGUCUUGUACCUUUUAAUGUGACAGUUAAGAAUGAUCAUCGUUGGAGCAGCGCAGUGAGCUUCACUAACACUGUCAAUGUGACUGUGAAUGGAUUCACCAUCACAUUGACCAGAGAACAUCCGUAUCAAUUACUGUUUGAUGGCCAGCGAGCAGAACUUCCCUUUUGGAUUCAAGAUGUGUUUGUAGUUGUCCGCAGCGGUAACAUUGCUGUUGUGAAGACAAACUUUGGUCUCCAGGUGACCUUUGACUGGUCCAAUGUGGUGAGCGUCACUUUGCCUAACAGUUACAGCGGUGCAGUCUGUGGACUUUGUGGAAACUUCAACGGUGUUGUUAAGGACGACCUUGCAAUGCACAAUGGUAUGAUGGCACCCAAUGCCAGUAGUCUGGGACAGAGCUGGCAGGUUGCUGCUACACCUGGCUGUUCCUCAGCUGAUUGCCUUGGCGCUGGAUGCUUAACCUGCACUGUGACCCAGAGGGAGAAUGCCCAGCGCUACUGUGAGAUCAUCACAAACCGGACAGGGCCUUUCAGAGAAUGUCAUGCGCAGAUUGAUCCCAGAUCUUACCUAGAGGAUUGCAUAUUCGACACCUGCCACUUCCAAGGACAUCAGGUUGUGUUGUGUGACGCAGUGGCAGCCUACGCAUCUGCUUGUCAGAGUCAAAAUGUCACAGUUCACCCAUGGAGAAAUGUCACAUUCUGCCCUCUGUCCUGCCCACCAAACAGCCACUACAACGCCUGUGCUCCAGGCUGUACCGAGACCUGCGUUAAUCUCCCUGUGUACAACUGCAGCAGACCCUGUGCUGAGGCCUGUCAGUGUGAUCAGGGUUACAUCUUGAGUGGCCAAACCUGUGUGCCACAAGCAGAAUGUGGCUGCUUCUAUCGGGGACGCUAUUAUAACAAACACCAGAUGUUUUACGCCCAUGAGCAAUGCUUGGAGCGCUGUGUGUGUGGGGGAAAUGGAACUGUUUCCUGCCAGAAAUCAAGCUGUGGUCCAGGAGAAGCUUGCAGGGUUGUGAAUGGAGUAUUGGGAUGCCACCCUGUCAGUUAUGCAAGAUGUGUGGCUACUGGUGACCCUCACUACUCUUCCUUUGAUAGCAGGUGGUUUGAUUUUCAAGGCGCAUGUGUUUAUACACUCGCUAAGGUAUGUGAUCGGGCUGAAGGACAGCUGAUGAAUUUUUCUGUGGACACACAGAAUGAGCAGAUUGCAAACACAAAGGUUUCUGUCAUCAAGAACUUGACUGUGACUGUUUACAACCUGACGAUCAGCAUCAGACGAGGUGAACGCCAGAGAGUCAUCGUGAACAAUGAAUUUGUCACCCUCCCUUCAUCUUUUGGCCAUCAAGUAACCAUUAACCAGGUUGGUCAAAGUGUCCAAGUGCAAACCGAUUUUGGCUUGAGAGUUCUGUAUGAUGCCAGUUACCAUGCAGAAGUCCAUGUACCCUCAAACUAUAAAGGUCACGUGUGUGGACUGUGUGGAAACUACAAUGACAACCCAGCAGAUGACUUCUUGUUGCCCAAUGGCACACAAAGCACCAGUGUCAAUACAUUCGGACAGGCGUGGGCAUUGCCAGCAACUGGUGUUCAGUGCGGAGGUGAAAGUUCCCCGCAGCAGUGCGAUCAGACCAAAGCUGAGCGAUACCGCAGAGAUGAUGCCUGUGGCCUUAUGGCAGCUGUCACUGGUCCCUUCAGUGCCUGUCAUGAUCAGCUGAAUCCUGAACAACAUGUGAUUAACUGUGUAUUUGACAUGUGUGUAACGGAUGGAGACAGAGCGAUGCUGUGUAAAAAUCUUCAGGCUUAUGCCAUUAUUUGCCAACAAGCCGGGAUCCAUAUCAUGCCAUGGAGAAAUAGUUCAUUCUGUCCGGUGGACUGUCCAGCUAACAGUCACUAUGCACAGUGCUCUAAUAACUGUAUGAACACCUGUGCCAGCCUUAGUGGCUCCGUUAACAACUGCCCAGAUAUUUGCAUGGAAGGCUGUCAGUGUGAUAAAGGUUGGCUCUCAGAUGGUGAUGUGUGUGUGCUUGUGGGAGACUGUGGAUGUGUUCAUAAUGGCAAUUACCUAAAGGUUGGCGAAGUCUUAGUGACUGACACAUGCGACAUGAAGUGUGUGUGUCGUACUACUGGGCUGCUGGAGUGUGUGAGCCAAACCUGUGCCAGAGGAGGGAUCUGUGAAGUUCGGGAUGGCUAUCGAGAUUGUUACACUGAUCAAGGCCACUGUGUGUUUGAUGCCAAAGACCAGUUGCAGUCCUUUGAUGGUGUGACGGGAACGGUGGAGCGGCCUGGAGCCUUUCAAAUGGCUUUCUUAUGUGACCAAGAGUCUCCUGACUGGUUCCGUGUGGUGUUGGAUGUACAUGCAUGUGCUAGGAAUGAUUCCGGUAAUGUGACAAUGGUCCACGUCUUCUUCCAGGACAUGAUCAUUACGGUCAACAAUCAGUGGCACAGCUGGGUGAAUGGAAAGAAGAUCUCAUAUCCCUUUAUGCCUAAAGAGGGCGUGUCAGUCUCAUACACAAAUAAGGCUGUGAUCAUUGAGAAGGUGUCUACCAUGAGACUGACUUUCUCUGGCACUGGAGAGGUCGUGUUAUCCAUUAGCACAGUCCUGACAGACAAGGUUUGUGGUGCCUGCGGCAACUUUAAUGGAGUCACUGCAGAUGAUAUGACGACUUCUGAUGGGAGAAACUCCACUAUGAUGUCUCUAGUUGCAUCAUCCUGGUAUGCUGAAGACUUCUUUACAUGUCACGUGUAACAAAACUGGGAGGAAGAUUUUGCUACUACAGGUGAUUUUUAUCAAAUAGAGGAAUUGUAAAUUGUAUUUAAUUGCACAUUGGGGUUUAGAAUGACGCUUUGGUGUAAAAUUUAAGAUUUCUGCACACAUGCCCAGUAUGCUUUUAGUCUGAUUUUAUUACUGCACUUUUAUGAUUUGAGAUUAAGCACAUUAAAAUACA